AUGCUUCGAGUUAUUAACUUAUUUACUCGUAAAAAGUCUUUAGUAAUUUACAGAGACAAAUCUUCUAAUGUUAGUUAUCAGUCUCAUUUGGAAAAUUUGCUAGAAAAUAUGCCUUUUAAUGUUAAAACUCAAAAACAAGCUCGACGUGCGUACGAGGCCAGAAAAGACAAAUUUCCAAAAUUGGCUAGAAAUAAUAAAAAUGUUUACUUAGAAGUACUUGGGAAUGGAGCCUAUGGUUCAACUAGAUGUGUAUUCAUAGUCUCUGAUACUAGUCGAUAUGUAUUUAAUUUCGGAGAAGGAGGCCAAAGAUUAGCGAAUGAACAUAAAAUAAAACUAAUAAAGUCUCCUCAUGUCUUCAUUACAUAUCCAUCUUGGGAAAAUAUUGCAGGCUUACUGGGGAAAGCAUUAACUUUGCAAUCCAUAGGUAUCCCAGAAAUUUUUAUACACGGACCAAAAGUAGUAGAAAAUGUAUUUUCUGCAACAAAUAAAUUUAUCUAUUUAAGAUCUAUUAAUUUUUACAUGAUGGAAAGUAAACCAUUUUCAGAAUUUAAUGAUGGUUUUCUCAAUGUUAAAUAUGUGCCUCUUUAUCCAUCAUCUGAAAGCAAUUUGAAAUCCAGUGAUAUUGAUGAUGUCUCAGAUUAUUAUGAACAUUUAAUAACGGGAAAACGACACAAACUUAAAUCCUUUGACUCGAAUAAAAAUAAAAGAAGCAAAUCAGAAGUUAAAAGUCAUAAAACUUCAGGUAUAACUCCUUUUUCCAUGAGUUACAUUUGUAGAACACCUGAAACUCUUGGACACCUUUUAUUUGAUAAGUGUGUUGAUCUUCAAAUCCCCCCUGGUCCUUUGCUUGGAAAACUAAAAAAUGGAGAGGAUAUAGUUUUGGAAGAUGGUAGAACUAUUAAAAGCUCAGAUGUUACAUCUCCAAAUAAUCCAGGUGCUGUUAUAAUAGUUAUAGAAUGUCCUACAGAAGAUUACUUGGAUUCUAUUUUAUCUGAAACUGCAUUUUACAAGCAUCAAAAUGGUGAUUCAGAUGAUCUUGCCGAUGUUGUUGUUCACUUUACAGAAGCAUCAAUUAUUAAUAAUCCAAAAUACCAAGAAUGGAUAAAUAGGUUUCCUACUCAAACAAAGCAUGUAUUUAUAAAUAAGGAAAAUAAAUCAUUAGGUUCUGUAGGUGUUAAAAGAUUGCAGUACAAAUUAAAUAUGCUACAUUCUGAUAUAUUCCCCCUGCUUUCUGAUUUUGGAAUACCUUAUCAUCCGAGAACGAGAGAUGAUGUACCUUCUGAGCAUACAGUAGUUCCUAUUAGUGAAAACGUUCAAAAAAUAGUAAAGCCAUCAUUUUUUCAAGAAGAUUCACAAAUACUGUCAAAAGAUCCAAUAUUUUAUAAAUGUAAUGAAAAUCCUUUUAUCAAAGGAGAAACUCUAUGUAAAGUUUAUAUUCGACCUAAAAAAGAAUUUGAUUAUUCUUACAACUUAGUUUUAAAAGAAGAUAAAUUUUUAAAAGAAGUUUUAUCAAUCGAAGGAUUUCAAGAAGAAUUGGAAAAGUUUAAAUUUGAAGUGAAAAAUUUUCCGGUUAAAAAAAAGUAUCCAAAAGUUUUAUUUUUGGGAACUGGUUCGAGUCAACCGAACAAAGUGAGAAAUACAAGUGGCAUACUAGUUUUUUUCGAUACAGAUGAUUUUGUACUUUUGGAUUGCGGUGAGGGCACAUUUGGUCAGUUGGUCAGAUUUUAUGGAUUACAAAAGGCUAAAGAAAUAUUAAGAAAAUUAAAAGUUAUAUACAUAAGCCAUUUGCAUGCAGAUCAUCACAUGGGAUUAAUUACUAUUUUAAAAGAAAGAAAAUUAGCUUUCGAUGAAAAAGUAGAAUCUAGCGACAGUAGUGCCAAUUUAGAAAAUGAGGAAUUUCAACCUGUUUACCUUUUAGCACCUAUACAAAUAAAUAGAUGGUUGACUUUGUUUGAUGAAAAUUUUGAAAAAAUUUCUGGAUUGUAUCAAUUGAUUCCAAAUAAAUAUAUGAUGAAUGAUAAAUUGAACAAUACUUUCUAUAAGAAUUGUAUAAAAAGUAUUAAUUUGAACAAUAUAAGAACAACAUUUGUGGAUCACUGCCCUAAUGCUUUUGGAGUAGCUUUCGUUCAUAAUAAUGGUUACAAAAUAACUUAUUCUGGUGAUACAAGACCUUGUGAAGCAUUAGUUACUUUAGGAAUGGACAGUGAUAUAUUAAUACAUGAAGCAACCAUGGAUGAUUCUUUGAAUAAAUUAGCUUUAAAGAAAUUACAUUCAACAGCUUCAGAAGCGAUUGAAAUAGGGAAAGCUAUGAAAGCUAAAUACAUUUUAUUGACUCAUUUUAGCCAAAGAUAUGCUUAUGUGCCUUUAUUUAGUCACUUGUUUACAGACAAUGUUGGAGUGGCUUUUGACAAUAUGAUGGUUUCAAUUGAUCAAAUGCCACUUCUUUCAAAGCUGAAAUCACUUUUGAUCUUACUUUUCAAAAAAAGCUAUGACUUGAUGGAAUCUAAAAAAGAAGUGCAAGAAAUCAAGGAAAAAAGACAAGUGUGA